AUAGUGUUCUCAGUCGAUGAGGUGAGAGGCUCCUGCGGCCGACGAAGCGCUAGCUAGUGUUGAUUUACCGUCUUGCCUGAAGUCUACGUAAAGAAGAAAUAACAGAAUUUGAGUUGACACAAGUGACAAGAACCGAGUUAUCGACAACAACUGAACUGUCUUAACCCUUAGGCCUACCUUCUCCACAACAAAAAGAAAAAAAAUCGAGACACGAAGACAACGGACUUCAUUAGAAAAAGAAUACAAAAAAGUAACAAUCUCCCUCUAAAAAAAAAAAGACCACCUAGUGCCUUCAGAACUGAGACCUCCUCCAGACCAUGAGUUACCAUAACGAAUAUCAUAACCUGUGGAUGACACCUCAGUCUUCUUCAGACGAUCCCUAUGUUGCAGGAGUCACAAUGGCUUACUGGCAACCACAUGAAGGAGCUGUAGGAGGACUCGUGGAUGAAAUAGAAGCCUACCUCUUUCUGGACAUUAGUGAAUGGGAGGGCAAGGACUGUGUCGACUGGGCCAAUGGCGUGUGUCGCCAGCUGAACAUCGACAGUAACAUCGUCAACCUCUGGGCCUUCACCGACAUGACAGGGACUCAAUUACUCUCAUUCACGUAUGAGGAUUUCUGCAAUCAAGUGGGUACGGUCUACGGCCUAAGCUUCUACAGGGAGUUCAUGCGACUCAAGGAAAGCAGGGAGGCAGAGAGUGCGCAACAAUCAUUAGAGAACCCAGGACCUUCGAACCCCCCACUCGAACAUCCAGGACGAUACGAAGAUGAGGACAGAAGAGAACGUCAGCCUUAUCUCGAGCCCAUCAUAGGCCAGUCAAGGAGAAGACCAAGAGGCCCAAGAGUGUGGGAGUUCCUGGUCCGUCUGUUGGUCGAUCCUCAAGCCAAUCCUUCCCUUAUAAAGUGGGAGGACGAGGCCAGUGGGACUUUUCGGUUGGUCCAGAAGGAGCGCAUUGCCGAGAUGUGGAUACAGAGGUCGAGGGAAGGAGGUCUCUCGUACAACAACUUAGCACGUACGAUGAGAUACCACUAUGCAAACGGCGCCCUUGAGCCAGUCAUGGAGCGCCAACUGGUCUACCGUUUAGGACCACAGGCUAAAGAGUACAUGGAAAGACUCAAAAAUCAGCGUUUGUAGAUAAUAAAUAGUAGUAAUGGUAUGAUGGACCCUGUUAUGUGAGUUACUAUGUGCGUUAUAUGAGGAAAAAAAAUCGCUUGAACGAGGGAAAUAUUUUUUUUUAUAAUUAGGACCUUGGAUCUGAAUAAAGAUCUUUUUUU